UGUUGUGGAGAGCAGCCGCUCCGGCCUCUCCUUUACCCACCAUACGCCGCCAUGGGUAUCUCACGUGACCAUUGGCAUAAGAGGCGAGCUACAGGAGGCAAGCGUCUCCAACCUCGCAAAAAGAGGAAGUUUGAGCUUGGUCGUCCUGCAGCCAACACAAAGCUCGCGCCUCAAAGGAUCCAUACUGUGCGGACUCGAGGGGGCAACAAGAAAUACCGGGCUCUGCGACUAGAUACUGGCAACUUUGCAUGGGGCUCAGAAGGCCAGACACGCAAGACUCGUAUUGUUGACGUAGUGUACAAUGCCAGUAAUAAUGAACUUGUAAGGACCAAAACUCUUGUGAAGAAUGCCAUUGUUGUUAUUGAUGCAGCACCCUUCAGACAGUGGUAUGAAGCUCAUUAUGCACUUCCUCUUGGACGCAAGAAGACUACUAAACUGACUGAUGCUGAAGAGGCUGUCCUUAACAAGAAAAGGUCAAAGAAAACUGAAAAGAAGUACAAGGAACGUCAGCGUACUGCCAAAGUUGAAGGACCUCUCGAAGACCAGUUCAUGACUGGCCGUGUUCUUGCUUGUAUUGCAUCACGUCCUGGCCAGUGUGGCCGUGCAGAUGGCUACAUUUUAGAGGGAAAAGAACUUGAAUUCUACCUGAGGAAGAUAAAGAGCAAGAAGAGCAAAUAAAUAAAGUGCUGAUGUAA